GACAGACGUCAAUUUUCCGCAUAGUCAUUUCAAAAGAGCCUUUAAUUAUUCCAAAAUAUCGAAGAAAAUACGCUUCUUCCCGAAGUAAAAGAAUAAAAAUCUUUGAAAAAACUUUGUGAUCCGCAUUUCCAGUUGAAAAUCUUUCAAAAAUGUCUGCAAGAUACGAUCGUGCUGUUACAGUAUUCUCUCCGGAUGGGCAUUUGCUCCAAGUUGAAUACGCUCAGGAAGCUGUUCGCAAGGGCUCUACCGCUGUCGGAGUUCGUGGCAAAAAUGUCGUCGUCUUGGGUGUCGAAAAAAAAUCUGUCGCAAAGUUGCAGGAGGAACGUACCGUUCGAAAAAUCUGCUUGUUGGAUCAUCAUGUCGUCAUGGCAUUCGCUGGUUUGACUGCCGACGCUCGAAUCCUCAUCAAUCGUGCGCAAGUCGAGUGUCAAAGUCACAAACUCAAUGUCGAAGAUCCCGUAACGCUCGAAUACAUUACGCGUUACAUUGCCCAGCUGAAGCAAAAGUACACACAAAGUAACGGAAGACGUCCUUUUGGCAUUUCCUGCUUGAUCGGAGGCUUCGAUUUUGAUGGCACAGCACACCUGUAUCAGACAGAACCGUCGGGCAUCUAUUACGAAUGGAAGGCAAAUGCGACGGGACGAUCGGCGAAGACGGUUCGAGAGUUUCUCGAGAAAUAUUACAAGCCGGAGGAUGUCGAGACGGAAGACGGAGCUGUGAAACUCGCGAUUAAAGCUUUGUUGGAAGUCGUUCAGUCGGGAAAGAAAAAUCUUGAGAUUGCCGUGAUGCGGAAAGAUCAACCGCUGAAGAUGUUGGAUCCAGAUACGAUUGGAAAAUAUGUUGAAAUUAUCGAGAAAGAGAAGGAGGAGGAAGCUAAUGCGAAGAAGCAAAAGAAAUAAAUUUAAGAUUUUUUUUUUCGUUCAAUUAUAACUUUUUUUUGAGGAUAAUUCAGGCUUUUGAAUAAAGUAAAAAACUGUUUCUAAA